AUGUCGUACUCCAGCCUCGCAUCUCUGCCCUUGCCACACACGGCGAGCACGGCCGUCGCGAAGCCCCCUGCGGGCUCUGCGCCCGACCCAGACAUCCUAUCUCCUUCAGGGGCACUUCGGUCGAGCCUGCCGCCCCGCGGCGACUUCAAACCCGUAGCCGGCGCUCCCGGCUACAAGUUCGAGUACCCAUCAUCCUGGCUCUUGGCCUACGACCGCUCGAACGCCGACGCAGUGGGCUCCCAGGUCCUGGCUGGCAACUUCAAGGACGUCGCGACCGUGUCCGUCAGCCGCGUCGACGUCCUCGCGGACGUGCUGCACGCGAUCGACGGCAACCCCGCCGCGAUCGCCCAGUUCCUGAGCGAGGAGCCGCGGCGCUCCACGGGCACAAUCCGCCUCGAGGACCUGUACCAAAAGGAAGUCGCCAAGGACACUGUUGAGUUCGAGUACGUCGUCGAGACCUGCAGGGGGAACGUUGAGGAGCAGGCGGGCGGGCGGGUGGCGUGCCUGGGUCCGCGGAACAUGGAGCUGCAGACGAUCACGCGGCAUUUCCGCUGCGUCGCGAUCAAGCGCCCCCACGCGGACGGCGCUGCGUCGGGCACGUCGCUGUACGUCCUGAGCGCCAGCGCGCCGCAGGAGACGUGGGAGCGGCUCGCGCCGACCAUGGAGCGCGUAGUCAGGUCGUACGGCUUCGCGUGA